CGCACUCACGCUCUUGGCUUUUGUUCUUGAGUUCACGCGGCCAUGCACGCAUCCUUGCCUCCUUGGUCUUUGCACUCAUGCGAGGAGCGCUGGUGGAGAGCUUCAUAGAGCACCAGGACACUUGCAACGCCGGGCGGGCACGGGCGGACCCCUCGCCGGCGUGUGGCGCCGGGAGCACCGGUGUGGCUGCUGCUAGUGCUGGGUCGCAGCCGCAGGCGCCGCCGCCCAUGUCACUGUCGAGGACCGCGUCGAGCACCAGCCCGUCCAGCGACAUUGUCAUCAGCCCGGUGGCCGCCUGGCCCGGUUCGUCGGCACCGACGAUUCCAAGCCCUGCGACCGCCGCGUUCCACCGGUUCGAACAAGUCCCGUCGCCGCGGACACCGCCAUCGGACCACCAUCACCGCGGCGGGCACAACCUCGAGCUGCAGCUCAUGCCGCCGUCCGGCAGCGGCGUGGUGGGCCGUGGCGCGCCGGGGGUGGCGGAGUACGGCGUCGCGCCACGCACUCCGGCCGCUCCUCCACAGAGCCACCCCGCCACCAUGCAGCUGCAGCUGUCCAUCGGCGUCUGCGGCGGCGGGGGGUUCGGGGACGAGGCGAUGCUGGCAGCGGCGAGGGAGAAAGAGGAGGUGGAGGCGCGGGAGCAGCUGCGGCAAGCUGUGGCGGAGAAGGCGGCGGCGAACGAGGCCCGCGCGCAGGCGAGGCGGCACGCGGAGCUGGCCGAGCAGGAGCUGGCGAGCGCCAAGCGGAUGCGGCGGCAGGCGCAGGUGGAGCUGAGCCGAGCCCACGCGCUCCGGGAGCACGCCGUGCGCCAGGUGAACGCGACGCUUCUCCAGAUCACCUGCCUCGGCUGCCGCCACAAGUUCCGCGCGCGUCCGCAGCUCCUGGAUGCGGCCCUGGGCGCCCCCGAGGUGACCUGCAGCUACAUGUCCUCCGUCGUGACAGAAGGCGGCGACGCCGAGGCCGACGAUGAGCCGCCCCUCGACGGCAGGGACGGCAUGCUGCAGCGGCGCCGACACGCCAUGGCAAUGGACGUCAUCCUCUAGCUAACCUGAAAUGAGAUGAUGGUCUUCGUUUCAAAUAGUUUCUUGUGUUUUUGCCGGCAAGACGCCGGGGUUGCAUUUGCAUUGGCCCCUGCUGUAUGAGGUGUAUCAGAUGCCGAUGCCUGAUGGUGCGUAGACAGUGGAAGACCCCGCUAGCUCGAUCGGGCCAGUGCUGCCUAGACUUCGAGUCCUGUGAUGAGAAGGAAGGACCGGAGAGGUAGCCAUUAGGCAAGUCCAAGGAGAGACGAAGACGAGGGCUAGCUGCUACUAGCUUACUGUGACGUACGUGCAUGGAAUCUUUCGGUGUUUGCUUCCUAUUGGAUCUUGUUGGAAAGAAACAUUCAUU